UUCUACUGUUUAGAAGAGUAUUUGAGUUAGCUUAGUUUUUUCUUUUCUGACGAAGACGAGAAUGAUUGAUUGAUUGAAUAAGCGCAGCAGAGCAAGGAUAUGUUUCCACGUGACAUAUGCGUCCGCCAAAGGUGACUGCCACGUACCGGUUGUCUCUCUUCUCUCACAGGUAUGGCGGCCGAAGGCGAAGCAACAGCUCCUCAUCGCCGGCUCCUCCGCCUCUCAAGGAGCAGCCCUCGGUGGAAUGGCGGUGUUUGGCGUGGUUUUCACUGCGCCAUCCAAGGCCUGGGUUCCACAGGAGUUGCAUUUAAUGACGAGCCAGAGCCAGAGGAAGCUGGUAGCAACGAUUGCAAGCAUUGGGAGAAGCAGCGGUGGAGUUCAUGGUCACAGAUCGCGGAAAGGAAGGCGGAGGAGAUCACCUCGAAGUGAGAGUGGAAGCGAAAGUCAAGAUGAAGCGUUGCAGCAAAGUGCAUGCGUUUCCAACGAAGGAAAUGGAAACUCGAGAGUGACAAGGAAAACGUCCAGUCGCAACAAACGGGCAUCCAAGGCAGAAGAAGGAGAAGGGAGUCAGGGGUUUGAUUCGCCUGUUGAGGACGUGAUAGCACCCGUGGCUGUGACAAUUGUCUCGGACCCCGAGCUCUUCGAAUCAGUUUCUCAGGAGCAUCAUCAGGCGAAUGACGACGAGAAUGAGCAAGUGAGCUCGAGUGUGGCCGCAGUGGACGAGAACACCUCUGCUGUUCAAGAGGUGGAAGAUUCAUCGGUUUCUGAAAAAAUUGUGGAGCAAGUAGCAGAGAUCCAGACGCAAAUGGCCGAAGCAGUGCACAGAGUUGUCGACGAAGUGAUCCCGGAGCAGGUGACACAGGCCGCGGAAGUGCUGGUGGAGCAAGUCGCAGCACUCUCGAUGGUCGAACAGGUUGCCAAGGUGACUGAACAGGUUGCCAACUUACUCUCCAGCGAUGGCGAGGAAAGCCUGGAAAGCGAUGACGAGUUUGAGGCCUACACCACGUCUGAUCUGCCUGAGUUUCGGGGUAUUCGAGGCCUUGAGAACUUCACUGUGCUACAGGACGACCAUGGGGUAAUGACCGUAAUUUACGACUUAUAUCUCUACAUUCUCAAGAAGCCGGGGCUGGAUUUUGUACUAGGCAUGUUUGCUGCGCCAGUGGCCGUAAGUAUGUUCUUCACGCUGCUCUAUCUGCCUCAGCUUCAGGGCCUGGAUUUUGCAAGCAACGUGGUUCAGUAUUCUUCGUCAUCGAAGUUUUUUGAGCACGGCCUGGAACUGGACUGGGAGGCUGUGUUUCGGGUGCUCAUGUUUAGCAUCUCCUUGUCUACGGGACUCCAACCAGAGUUGACACCACUCACUCCUUACACGCUCGUCGUAGCCAACAUAAAUGCUCUGGUUGCGCAGCUCCUGUUUGUGUUUCUCAGCGGUGCAGUGUUCGCGAGAUUGUCCCAGCCGUCACAGCCGAUCCGGUGUUCCUCUGUGGCAUUGGUGAGCCCAUCGACUGCAAAAAGAAACGGUCGUUCUGUCAGAGUGUUUAUGACUCGUUACGUUCUGGCUGGACCUCAGCCUUGUGAGCUCGUCGAUGUCAAAGUUGAUUUGAGCUACAAGUACAACACCAUCACCGGAGCAGGAACUUACUUUCGAGCUCAGCAGUCCUUGAAGCUGCACUUACCACAGAUUCGUUCCGAGGUUUCGUACCUCAACCACGGCAUGCUGGUCCGCCACAUAAUCGACGAGUCGAGCCCUCUCAACAAGCGAACUCCGGAGAUGCUCAAAAAAGAAGAUGGAAUCUUCACGCUGAGCGUGGUGGGACUGGAGCGAAGCUCCAUGCAAUCAGUGUUUCACGCACAACACUACUCCAUGGACGACGAUCACGUAAUCUGGGAUGCUGAGUUCCAAGAUAUGAUCUUGAUAAGCAAGAAGAACAUGCGUAUCGUGGAUCACUCUAGGCUCAGCCAGUGGCGGCCGGUUAAGAUCCCUGAUAGCUGAGACACUCUGUACAAGUUCACAAGAGAGGUAUGGCAAACAGGCGUAGAUGGACCUAUUAGUUCCAUCUAUUUGAUAUCCUUCUGCACUGGAGCUGCGAGUUUUCUCAAGUGCUGGAAGGAGCGGUGCUUGAUCCACUGCCGAUCGUAUGGCAAGAAGCCGUGAACGUUGGGAUCAUACCUGCGCAGCACAGGGAGAGCACAAGUUCUACUCAAACCAAAUCCAGGAGGAAGGCGAGCAAAGUUACACAAGAGCGCUGAUAUCUUUCAAGCCAUCGAUGAAGUCGUAGAGAUCGCCAAUGUCGUAGCAGAUGCUGGUGAGCUCGGGAUUGAGAUCCUUGAGCUUCUUUUCGUACAUUGCGCAUACACCUUUGAGAGAAAAGAGCGAGAACUUUUGGAUUGGAAUCGAUCAUUGUUUUUGGUUU